AUGGUGGCCUCUGCUCUGAUCAUGGACCCGAAACCUUUGGAGCCACCGGCUUCUUUCCCGUCGACGAGAUCUGACCCAUAUCUUUCCGAACAGCACCAGUCCUCCGACGAGGACAAUCUCUACAGUUGCCUCAAGUCACUGCAACGGCAGCUCGAGUUCAUCGACAUCCAGGAGGAGUACGUCAAGGACGAGCAGAAGAAUCUCAAGCGAGAGCUUCUUCGGGCCCAAGAAGAGGUCAAGAGGAUCCAGUCGGUUCCCCUCGUCAUUGGCCAGUUCAUGGAAAUGGUUGAUCGGAAUAAUGGGAUAGUGGGCUCAACCACCGGCUCCAAUUACUACGUCAGGAUUCUUAGCACCAUCAAUCGGGAGCUUCUCAAGCCCUCUGCAUCUGUUGCUUUGCAUCGCCAUUCGAAUGCCCUUGUUGAUGUUCUUCCUCCCGAGGCCGACUCCAGUAUCUCCCUUCUCAGCCAGUCGGAGAAGCCUGAUGUCACCUAUUCUGUAUGCCCAAUUCAAUCUUUACUGGAUGUGGUUAUCUUUUAG